AUGGUACAAUGUUCGUUCGAAGAUUUCCAGCCAUCAACUUCGCUUUCGCAAACUUCUACUUUGUUGUCUUUAUCAGAAUCAUCUACCAAAAGACAAACAAACGCGGAUGAAGAACAUUUAGAAUUACUAGCGACUGAUGAAACUGAUUUUUCUACAGCAAUUUCAAUCUCACCCUCAUCUUCCACUUCUCAACCAGACUCUCAAAGUUCAAAACCUUCUUUUUCUGUACCAAUACCAUCAUUACAUUUACCUCCACAUCCUUCUACAUCAUCAUCAUCAUCGGUUUCUCCACCACCUCCGCCUCCAUUAUUACCAUCAAAAUUUCCUCCUCCACCUCCUCCUUUACCAUCACUAAAAGGUCCACCUCCGCCACCAUUUUUAGGUUUGUCUGUUCUACCUCCUCCGCCAUCAUUAGGUGUUCUACCUCCACCUCUACCCGGUAUGUUAUCAAUGCAUCAGGUCACCCUACCUCAACAAACUAUUCCAAAACCGAAAAACAAAAUGGUUUCACUAAACUGGAAUAAAAUACCAACUCAGAAAAUAACUGGACAAAAAAAUCUGUGGACCUUAGUUGCCUCAAGCCAUGAAGUAACAUCUAAUACACUUGAUUUUGAAAUGAUGGAACGCUUAUUUUGCCAAAAACAAAAAAGUACUUCAAGAUACGACAAUGAAAAUCUUAUUCUCAGCAAUGAAAAUGCUACAGACGGUCCCAGUCAAAAGAAAAAAGAAUCUCAAGAAAUUAAUCUUCUAGACAGUAAGAGGAGUCUUAAUGUUAACGUUUUUCUAAAACAAUUUCGCAGCUCGCAUGAAGUUAUAAUUGAAGAUAUAUUGGAAGGAACAAACAAAUAUUUGGGCACUGAAGAGUUGAAAGGACUUUUGAAAAUUCUACCUGAGGACGAUGAGAUCAAACUUCUGAAAGGAUUUAAGGGAAAAACACAGCAGCUUGGAAAUGCUGAAAAGUUCCUCAGGCAACUGUUAGACAUAACUAAUUAUAAACUUCGAAUCGAAAGCUUAUUACUGAAAGAAGAGUUUGAUCCGAUCAUCGUUCCUCUAAAGGAUGGACUAGAAACAAUCAAACUUGCAGCUCAAGAAAUCAAAAAGAGCCAGAGUCUUCGUGAAAUCCUGUAUAUGGUGCUGAUUGCUGGAAAUUUUCUUAAUGCAGGUAAAUACGCAGGAAAUGCAGCGGGUUUCAAGAUGAUGUCAUUGUUAAAUUUGACGGACAUUAAAGCAACUAAACCAGGAAUGAAUCUUGUUCACUUUGUUGCACUGCAAGCAGAAGAGAAGAAACCAGAACUAUUAAAAUUACCUGAUGAACUGAAGAAUCUUGAAAACACAACAAAGAUUUCUACUGAGGCUUUGAAAGCGGACAUAAAAAAUCUGAAUGAUCGAAUUAAUACACUUUCUAAUCAGCUAUCAAGCACACACCAGGAUAUAAAGGACCAAAUGGAAAAUUUCGUUAACGAUGCAAAGAGAAAGGUAGAACAAAUUUCUGAAGAAGCCGAAAAACUGGAAAAUGUUCAAGUAGACUUGGCAGAAUUUUUGUGUGAAGACGUUGCCACCUUCAAACUUGAUGAAUGUUUCACCGUGUUUCGAAGUUUUUGUCAAAAGUUUAAAGAAGCCAUUGAGGAAAACAAACUUAGGCAUGAACAGGAAAUGAAAGCUGAAAUUAGACGCUCACAAAGAAAAGCUCAGGAGGCUCGCAAAAAUCAAAGCGCUUCAGCUCCAUCUCGCCACCGUUCUCCUACACUUUCUGGAGACGAAACACAAACUAAACUUGUUGGCACGCUUCUGAACAAUGGAUUACCUGGUUUUCAAAAUCAUAUUCAACCCCUGAGUAGUACAUCUGAUGAUUCCAGUAUUGUAACUCUGUCCAGGUCCAGUUCAAUUAGUUCUUUGAGUACUUCCUUGGACAAUUCAGAAUCUACUGAAUUCUCAAGUACUUUUUAUGAUUCAUCUAGAAGGCGGCAGCGUCGAUGUGGGUUGUUAUUCGACAAUGGAGAUGAUAUUUUAUCAGUAUUACAAGACUAUUCUGACCAGGAAUCGACAGGAUACAGUUCGUUAAGUAGCAAUGAAGAUGGGUCCUUUGAUAGACAUUCUUUUUUCCGCAAAUCGCUUCAUAAACGACGAAAGAAUUUACUGCUUGCCGAAAUGAGUGAGCGAGAUCGUAUUUUUUCCCCUCCAUUCUUUGAAACUUCAGAAGAAGAGGAGAAAGAGCAAAAUAUGCAAAUAAGUGGGGAAAGCACUAUGAAAGAACACCUUGAUGUGGAGAAGAAAUCUUCAGUAGAAAGUAAUAAAGAAGAAACUGGUUUUGCAAGUAAUAAAGAACAAUUGGAACAAAUAACAAAUACAACAACAAAUGAAACAUAUUUUACACGCUCUAACAGACUAUAUCAUAGUACGAAAGAAUAUUCUGCAACCAUAACCACAUCGGUGGACGAUCGACUUACAAAAGAUGAUCUUGAUAUUUCAAACCCCUGUGUGAAAGAUAAAUCAAGAUUUAGAAAAAGUACUUUAAAUAUGCAGUAUUCUUGUGAGUUAACAGAUAAAAAAGACAGGCGAGUUUCAAAACAAAGCAUAGAAUCCGAGUGUUUUACUGGAAAAUCCUGGAAUCCUGAAAACUGCAUUAUCACUAAGGCGUCACCUCCAACUGAAAUAGAAUAUGAAACAUUAAACUGCUCUUUUACAAAUCAGUCAAAGGCAAAAUCGAAUGUUGAAAAUACACCUUCUCUUAAUCCGUCUAAAACUUGGUCAUUGAUACAGAACCCUGAUUAUCGUAAAACAGAAAUUGAUCCGUCAUCAAACCUAGCUUCUGUAGAAUCUUUAUCAAAGGAAGGACCCUCCAAGGACAGCUUUGACUAUUCCAAUCUAAAGGAAGGACUUUCUACAGACAGUUUUGACGAUUCCAACUUGAGUAAACAACUAUUAUCUCCUGUUACUGGUCAUGAACAAACUCAUUCAAUGAACCAUAAAAAGGAAAGACAUUCUGAAAAUCAGAUGCAGGUAUCCGAAAAAAGUCAGAAACUGAUAUCUGAGAACUCAAUGGUUUCAAAAUUUAGUAAUCGAAAAUUCUUGAGUUAUUUCAAUAAAGAAAUUGACGAUAUUAUUGCCGACACUGGUAAGCAAGGAAUGUAUCUAACAAGAGAUGACUAUGCUUUGAGCAAGAUAUAUACAAAUAAUAAGGUAGGUAACCUUCGAGAAAACAGAUUAUACCACAGCUUGAAAGAUUAUUCUACUCGAAAUAGAAGUAAAGACGUAAGCGUAUGCCAAAAGGAUGAUUUUCAUCAUGUACACCAGGGUUCAAAAGUGCAAGUAAACUCCACAGAAUGCAUAGAUACCUAUAACGAAGGCACGUGUACAGAAACAAAGUGCACAAAUCAGGACUAUGAAAGCAAUGAAACUUCUAAUUUUGAUAGCAUUUUGGUUACAGAAUUAGAUACAGUACACGAAGUCAACAGUGUAGACGAGGAAAGGACUUUCAACCGAUUCUCUCGACACAGAAAAACAAUUAGGGGUACUAAUAAUAAAUCCUGUUUAAAAUCUGAAAGAGGGUACAGUUUCAGAAAUAUAAAAAACAAUUAUCCAAAUAACGAUUCACAAAUUACAACACAAACAGGUUUAAAACAACGUGUAGGAAGUAAAGACACGAGUAGUAAAAUGUCAUCACCAAAUAAAAACCCGCCUCUGGCUCGUCAUGCUAGCACUCGAGAAUAUGUAAGAUAUCAUGACCAACCUGCAAGUAAGCUACAAAAUAAUAAAGUAAAAGAAACUGUUAAUUCAUCGACUAAACUGGUAAGAUCCAGCUCUGUUAGAUCGCGCCAAAAACCACCUCUAGCUAGUACAACUGCAAAGCUUAGUAUUACUCGUAAAAAUACAAAUAUGAAAGAAAAUGCAAUUCUUUCUGCAAAAGUAGAAUGUGAUUCUAAAACAAAUUCAAAACUAUUACCAAAAUCGAACAUUUAUGACCCUUCUCAAAAAUUAACCCAGAAGACUAAACUAUCUUCUAUCUCCAACUACAGUAAAACCAGACAUUCACAAUCCAGUCAACGUGAAACACAGAAACCUAAAGAGAAAAUUGCUGAUACUAGCAUUACGAAUAAAGAAAGUGCUUUAAAAAAAGAAAAUAAAGUUUCUUCAGAGGAUUUAUACAAGUCUGAAUCUUCAAAUUUUGUUGAGAAUAAGCGAGGAGCUCAUAUAGUCGGAUCAGAAACUGUUGAACCACGUAAGUUACAAAAAUUUGAUAAUACUAACGAAGAGCGAUUAAAAGCCAUUGACACUACAUGUGAUAAAGAAUUUAACGUAAAAUUUAAAAGCGUGCCUUCACGGCUCAAGGUUGUUGCAACACGAAAUUACAGUGAUUUACCGUUCCCUCGUAAUCGUCUACACAAUUAUAGUAUGAACAACGCUAAACCUAGACAAAUUUCACAAAAUACCACAUUCAGACAUUCGUUGAAGCUUGAAAGCUCAUCGAAGAGUCCUGAAACAAAACUACAAACCCAGAAACAGUCUAACAGAUCAGAAAUUAAGUUUCUAGCAAAUCGAAGAAAUGCCAGUAUAAUCUCAAAAUCUCCAGAUACUCCAAAUCUUCACUCAAAGAAACAAACUAAGAAAGUUUCUCCAAAUUCAACAAAUAUUAAGACAAAAUGUGAUAAAACGUUAAGUCCUUCGGAGAAAACAUUCGAUACAAUUCGGAAAAAAUCGAGCUCUGUUUUAAAAGAACAAACUGAAUCUUCCAAACAUUUAGUGAAUGGAAUUAAUUCUGAAAAAUCAAACACCAUUCUAUGCAAGUAAAUUACCAUACUAAAACUGUAGACGCUUCAGAUCUGAUAACAAUCUUAGAUGUUCCUUCAAAAACAGAUUUUUUUGAAGAAUUCAAAAGUAACCGUUCCUGAGCUCCCAACUUCUGCUUUGUCGAGAUCCAACUCUGUUACUAUUACCAAGAGGAAUCUUUCUUUUGAAAUUGGCACAAAGAUGGGUGUUGCUAGAUCAAGCGCUGGAAAAGCAAAACCUGUCUCACUUUUGAAAAGAAGUGUUAGUUCUAGAAAUGUAAAAUAACGGUAUGAUUGACAAAAUAAAUCGAGAUUUAUUAAAAUUAUGGUAAAAUAGAAAAGCAUAGCUUCCAAACCACCUUUUUAUUUACCCCCAUAGCAUAAGAUCGUAAGAUAAUAGAUUAAGAUAUUAUGUAAAAAAAUACAUUAAUAACGAUGAUCAGUUUUCCAUUUAAGUGAGCGUAAGUCACGUUUCGCAUCUUUUUUGUUGUUUGGUAUGAUUAAAUAUUUGUUUAAAGGAAUAAUAUACUCUCGUAGAAAAUAUAACAUUUUCACUGCAAUAUUAUGAGUAAUGGCACAUUAAAUUGAGAAUGGUUUAUGUAACUAUUUUAUGUUUGUAUUAUACUUUUCUACUUAUAUCAC